AUGUCGGAUCCGAUCCUGUUCGAAGACACCUUCAGCAUCACCUCGAUCAACGCUCAGAAAUAUGACCGUGUCUCGCGCAUCAGCUGUACGUCUACAGACCAUCUGAUCACCUUCACCCUCGAUGUGAACACGGAAAUCUACCCAUGCGCCCCCGGAGAGUCACUGUCGCUGGCUCUGGCGUCGACACUGGCGCUGGAUGGCAAGGAAGAAGCAACGGGUGAGAGAGCUGUAUGGAGAGACGUAGGCAUGGGGGAGAACACUCUCGCAAAUGACUACGAUUAUGUCUGCUAUGGAAAGGUUUACAGAUUUGAGGAGAGCAGUACGGCCGGCAAUAUGGCUGUCUUCGUCUCUUUCGGCGGUCUUUUGCUAUAUCUUGAUGGGCCAUACAACAAGCUCAGCCCACUUAAGAUUGACUAUGUCUAUCUGCUCAUGAAGAAGUAG